UCGUGACUACGAGUCUGGCAGCCCUCGGGUACGUGUUUGGAUGGCCCGUCCAAUCGGUCCGGAGUGGGACGACACCGAGUGGGAAGUCUGCGAGGACCGCGGCUUCGUCUACAAGAAGCGGCGGCGGCGGCACCUCGCAUCGCUGGCAGGGCAUCCUCCUGUCGACUCCGAGGCACAGCUCCAGCUCAAGAAGCAUGCGCUCAAGAAGCGAUGCCUUCUGACCAUUCGCGACAAAUACCGGAGCGAAAUAGAGCAGUGGGAGGAGCUUUCUGCCUCCCUCAUUCGCCUGGCUUCUCCUCCUGCUAAAGACACCUCCGAAGCUGGCACGUCAUCCAUUGCUUCCCCUCGGCCUUCCUAUAUGUCUCCGCCGGCUGUCGACGUCCUUUUCCUCGAGUUGGAGGCUCAAGAAGCAAUUUUUAGGAAGUUAUCUGACUUAUGUGACUCCGUGGAUUUAUUUUGUGAAGCUCAGGAAGAUCGGUUGACACAGUCAUUGCUUGAUUUGCCCAUUUGGGGGAGCCCUAGAGCUCUCAUGAGAUCUUUGUGCAAUUGAUGUUAGAGAAUCUGAACAAUGGCCUAUGCUCUUCAGUAUGUAUGUUUUUAUUUUCAUCCAGGAGAAAAAAGUAGAUGUGAUAUUUUUUGCCCUCUCCUGCAAUGUUGUGUGAGUGCUUCGAUUUUUUUGUUGAGCAUUUGCCUUUAAGGUGUACAGUAAGAUAGCAAUUUGAUAUCCUGGACUCUUGCUGAACAAGAUUGUGCUGAAUUGUAAUGCAACUUCCUUAGUUUUAUUA